AUGUUUUGGUGUGCCAGAAAUUUAGUACGUUCUGGUGCUGCUUCAAAGCAGUUGGUACAACAACAAUGUAGCAGUCUUUUUGCUACUGGUUCCAUUAGAAGUUAUACUAGUAAUACUAAUGAUAAUAAAGAUGGUGAUCAAAGUGGAGACAACAACAAUAAUGAUCAAUCAAAAGAUACAAAGAAACCACAACAACCACAACAAGCAGGUGGUUCAACUGUAGAUAUCAAGAAAUUGUUGGCACAAUUCGAUCAGAAAUUCCAAAUGGGAUUGAAUACAAAUAAAUCGACAGCAGCAGCAUCAUCAGACAAUGCUGUUUCAUCUGAUAGUAACACCGGUGACAAUCAACAAUUACAACAGCAACAACAACAUCAUCAACAACAACAACAUCAGACAAACUUUAAUUUGGAUGAGGUAGAUGAUGAUGCCGCAGAAGAAGAGGAAGAUCCAGAUAUUACAGAGGGUCGUUUGCUCUUGGAUCGUGUCGUGGAGGAGGAGUAUGAAGUUACACCAUACCUUUUCGACGCAAAGAUGAUCAAGGAGUACAAUCGCUAUCAGGAGAAGGCUGUUCCCGCCGACUAUAUCGACCGCCAAGAAGACAUUGAGCUCAUUGAGAUGCUCGCCGAGAACGAGCCAAUCGACAAGGAAAUCUUGCAACAACUUCGUGAGGAAGCAGAGGAGAAAAUGGUGGGAGCAUCGUACGAGGAUGUCGAAGACAAUUCGCUGGACUACGAUUCGCCAGAGGCGUUGGCCGAAGCCAGAAAGCAACAGCUGCAGCAGAUGGCCGAUGAAGACGAUAUGAUGGACAACCAAGAUAACUAUUUGGAGGCGGACGACGACGGUGAAGAAGGCGAACAGGACGAACCAACCGAUAAUACCGAUCUCUUUGAUUGGAUGGACAGCGUCAAGUUUGACGAGAGAAACAAGGAGCACACCAAGGAGCUACAACAGCGCAUGGGAGAGGAGCGUCUCGCAGAGUUGGCCGAUCUCAGAGAGUAUAUGAAGCAGGUCGGUCACAACUACUCGGACUACACCGUGCGUGACAUGCUCGAGAUCAUGGAGUUGGACGAGGAGGAUCUGGUGGAGUUGGUGGAGGACGACUUGGCGCGUUAUGACGUCGAGCAGCUUGACCUCGACGACAACGUCACACUCGACCAGAUUCCAAAGUACGAGUUGGAUGAAGAUGGAGAGGAAAUCGAAGGAAAGAUUAGUGAAGCCUAUAUUAAAUACGCACGUGACUACUAUGAGAUUGGUGCCGACACUCCGUUGGACGCCGCCGAAGCCAAGGCGAUUGCCGACGGUGAGAACGAGCGAGCCGAUGCCACCAACCAAACUCAACCGGGCGAAGCAAACACUUUGUACGACGAGGAGAACGUUGGAGAGAACUUCUUCUUGGGUGAAGAUACUCCCUACGACGAGAAGGACGUCGCCGAGAUUUCAGAGGCCUUGAACAAAGAGCCAAUCUUUGAGUAUGAAAUCGACAAUGCACAGGAACAACUGAUGGAUCAAGGUUUGCUCGACGAUAUGCAAACCGAGUUCAAGAGUGAAUUGGAAUUCGAGAAUCAUGUCUACGAUUUGGUUGCCAAGAAGCUUGGCAUCAGUGAGUUGCCAAAGGGUGUCACCUUGGAGUCGAUGGGCAAGAUGAACAAAGAGCAAUUCGCAUCGCUCUUGAGACAAAUCAAUUUCGAGCAAUUUGUUAAUCUCUCGGCUGAAGAGUCCGAUCGUGUCCUCAACAAGGUCAUGGAUGAAGUAUAUAACGAUUUGAAGGUAGAGUACGAAAAGAAGAAUCUCUCGCAACCGAAACAGUCGUCACCAAAGAGCCGUGCUGAUGAGAUCGAUGAGGACGACGAUGAAGUGUUGUUGGUAGAGGACGAAGACGAGGAGACACUCGACACCACCGCCAACUUUGAGAUCGAUGAGAAAGAGAGAGAAACCAAUAUAUUCAACUCUCGUGGUUUGGUCGAACUCAACGACCUCGCCGAGGAAAUCGUCAUGGCAGACGAAGUCAACGGUAACUCGUGGAAGGACGACCUCCAAGUCUUGGGAUUGGAAGCUGAUAUGUAUUUGAGACGCAACCAAAAGAAGAUGAAGGUUCUUGCCAAGCGUAGAGAGAGAGCCGCCAAGUACCGUGAGGCAACACUCGCCAAGAACCGUGAGAAUCCCGCACCACCAAAGCCAUACCAACGUCAGGCGCUGCCUGAGGGUGACAACGUAUACACCACCCCGAUGGCACCAAACACAUUUAUCCGUAUCAAGGAGUUGACCGAAGACGAGGGUGCCGAGCACAAGCAACUCUACGGUAAGAUCUUUGCCGAGUCCAAUCGUACUUUGUCGGCCAACGGUUACUACACUCAUCAAACAACCAAACAAUCAAUGACCCAACUCCGUCAGAUCUUGGCAAGCUACAAACCACACCUUAAAUCACGUCGUCAACAACUGGAAGACUCUACAAUCACAAAGGACCCACGUUUCGAAAAGAACAAGUCAAUCAUUGUCGAACCAUGGCAACUUCCAAGACACAACCCAGAGUACUAUAGUUAUGAUGAUAGAAAAUAA